AUGGAUGACGAAAGCGGCAGACUGCCGCAGUGCGCUGUCACUUGUACAGCGCUUCGUACGAGAUCAUUUUCGACUCGAGCAGUACAAGUCAGUGGUGGCUCUGGGGUUGCUUUUGUCACUGUCCGGCUUUUAGAGAGAAUCCCUGGACGACGUACGUUGCUGGGCUCUCGCACGACGCUCGAGCGUGUCGUGCACGUACAUCGUACAUGCCCGGAACGUGCGAGGAAUCAGUCUGCGCUCUGGAUAAUGCCUGCUUGCAUUGCCGCACGUUCUCGCUUCUGCUCGUCAACUCUCCAGUUGCAGUCGCGCAGACAGGUGCCGCUCACGAGACCGGCGUGCAGGUCACUGGCAGGCGGCACUUUUCGGAAAUCAUGGAUCUGCAGCGUUUCGAAUCGGGAAUGUGAAAGCCACGGGACUACGAGCGCCCCGAAUGUACCCACGGUGUACGUUCGCUCAGAAAAAGCGCACCUCUUCGCGCGACAAGUGCGGCCACUAAUCUUUGGUAGAGCGAUUGUAGUGCCUACCACGCGCCCGAACGGGACGUACGAGGCGCUCCAGCCGCGCACAGAUGACCUGGUAUGCGUUCGUUUGGCUACCUCUGGCCUAGAAGGGCAGGGAGGCCGCACCGAUACGCCGGGUCCGGUCCUUGGCUAUGGGUUUUACAAUCCAGACUCCAUGUAUCGCGUGCGUUUGAUCUGGCAGAAUCGUUUGGACGGUGAUUCCGUGCCGCUCCUGAAGUAUCCAGAUGGAUCGUACCGCGUGGACCUGUUGCGUGUGCUCACGCGUCUUUUCACUGCAGCCUGGCGACUUCGAGAGAGACUGGGUCUCGUUGGUAGCGCCCAUGCUGCGUGUCGUCUAAUCAACGGCGAGGGCGACCGCGUCAGCGGACUCUGUAUUGACCUCUAUGCACGGUACCUCGUUGUACAGAGCUCAGCGCGAUGGGUCGAGCACCAUCGACCCGUGAUCGAGCAGGCGCUGCGCAACGUGACUAAGAAUGCAUACGAACUCGUGUGGCGGUCAAACUCGGAUCGAUUACGACAAGACGGUUUCGUGAUGAGCGACGACCCGAGUCGGGCUACAGCACCCGGGGCAGCGUCUACGAUGACGCGCCGGGCAUCGAGCACCGCUGCUACCUGGAUUACAGAACACGGCCUCAUGUACGAAGUCGACAUCAUGCACGGCCAGAAAACAGGGCAUUACUGCGACCAACGAGACAAUCGACUCUUUAUACGCCAUCUUGUGCAAGAAGCGAGCAUUCAGCGGGUCUUGGACCUCUGCACCUAUACUGGCGGCUUUGCGCUGAACGCAGUGCUCGGCGGUGCGCUGCAUGUCACUGCUGUAGACUCAUCUGGCCAGGCCCUGAUGCAAGCACAUCGCAAUGCAGAGCGCAAUCAAGUAUCAUCGAGGCUGAUUCUGGACAAGGAGCCGGGUAUACCGGGUGAGUCGCCACCGACGCUAUGGCUGGUGCGUGACGACGUGCAGCGUUUUUGUGAGCGCCUUGAAUCACAUAUCGAGCAUCACCCAGAGAGCACUCAACGCUACGAUCUUGUGGUGCUGGAUCCGCCCAAACUGGCACCCACAGUGGAGAGCCUGCCCAGGGCUCGCCAUCGGUAUCGCAAAAUGAAUGCUGCAGCGUUGCGACUCGUUCGUUCGAGCGGCUUUCUCUUCACCUGCACGUGCUCUGCAUCGAUGACGCAAAGCGGUCAGUUCUCGGCGGUGCUCAUGGAGGCUGCCCUCGACGCUGGAAGGAGGAUAACCAUCUUGGCAGAGCGCGGUGCUGCUCUGGAUCAUGUCGUGUCGCCGGCCGCGCCAGAGGGUCGCUACCUCACCGCAAUGCUCCUGGCCGUCGAAUGA